AUGAGCAACAGUAUUGUUGGGCAGUUUGGUGAUACCACACUGACCAAAGUUUUUGUUGGAGGGUUAGCAUGGGAGACACCAAAAGAGGCCAUGAGAGAGCAUUUUGACAAGUAUGGUGAGAUCUUGGAGGCUGUGAUUAUUUCUGAUAAAAUCACUGGUAGAUCCAAGGGCUAUGGAUUUGUUACGUUUAAGGAGGCUGAAGCGGCAAAGAAGGCUUGUGAGGAUGCUACACCCAUUAUCAAUGGCCGCCGUGCAAACUGCAAUCUGGCUUCACUUGGUGCACGCCGCCCUAGGUCUGCAACACCGGCUCCUCCGCACCAAGGACCUAACGUUAACGUUGGACCGAGGUCCACGACAGCAGCACCAGCAAAUCAUGUCCAGUGGUAUUAUCCGACAGGGUCAGCUGCAGCAUUACCAUUUCAUCAUCAGCAUCAUCAGGCCGUUCCUUUUUAUGGGUAUUCUCCAGCUUACGUUGCCACUGAUAUCAGUUACAAUCAUAAGCUAAGCUACACGGGCGGGUCCUACAUGAAUGGGCAUUUCUCUCAGGUGUAUCCAGGGCAAGGUAUGGUGGGUGCCAAUCCAUUGAUGCCAGUGUACCCUCUUUAUCACUUCCAUCAAUCACAAGCCAUGGGCCUGCCUGCUUCCCACAUUUUCCCACCAACAACAGCGGGUCCCAUUACAACAAUCCCAACCAUCAUGUCCAAACCCCCAUCAAUUACUCCUCCUAACGCAGCUGUACACGAUGAUUUUAUAGCCUCUUGGUUUGCUUCACAUGGUGACAUGAUAUCAACCUCAGUCAAUGUAAACAAAAGAAUCACCGAGUCACGUGCCUUUGUGAUCGAGUGGGGCCCACUUACAUCUGGCACGCUAGAAACUCACGUUCAGGUGGCACAGGUGAAAGCUUUAAAAAGGUUGGAUAAGAGGGGGCACUUAGGUGGCAAUAACAAGAGGAGAGGGGAGUAG